AUGAAGAAAAUCGACGAAUAUUUGGGCAGAGAGGGUAUAAAAGACGAAUUCCGGGUGCGGAAGAAGCGAAGUGAGGAGACACUCCCCAAUUUUCCGGAAGAAGGUUCACUCUCAGAAUGUCCAGCUCUAGGGUUGCCAAGCAACGGAAAUGUGACAUGUAAUGAUGAAGCACAGCGAACAGUAUGUAUACCAUAUUGCAACCCUGGUUAUAUAGUACCAGAGGAAUACGACGACACGGAGUUUAUCUGUGAACAUACCAGUUAUAGAUGGGCGCCCUCACACAGUGUUCCCGGCUGUGUUGUCUGUAGUAUCCCCCUAUUAGAAAAUUAUGUUAGCAACGACGAGCAAUUCAACGCUUCGAGUUUCAUUGACGGUUUCCCGCCUUAUCACAGCAGACUACAUUCCAAUGGCGCCUGGAGCGCUGCUGACAAUACUGAUGAUCAAUGGUUGUCGGUGGAUCUUGGCGAAACCAUGCACAUAACUGCCAUGGUUUCACAAGGCCGCAGUAAUGCAGAUGAGUGGGUGACAGCCUAUACAUUAGAGUACAGUCCCGAUGGUGAAAAUUAUGAAUCGUUCAAAACAUCACAAGACGAUAUACUGAUAUUCCAGGGAAAUACAGACAGAAGUACUGAAGUUAAAAAUGACAUAUCAUCUCCAGUAGUCGCUCGCUAUGUUCGCAUUCAUCCUUUAUCAUUUUCAGGGCAUAUCAGUAUGCGAGUUGAAAUCUUGGGCUGCAAAUAUGAACCAAACUAUUGUGUAGGCGUGGAUUGUCAAAAUGGCGGCACUUGCGUAAGUUAUCCUCUGCAGCAUGUUUUUGAGUGUUUGUGUGAUCAUGGAUACACCGGCGAAUAUUGUGAACGAGAUUUCUGUGAAGUUCCACCUGCACCAAACAACGGAUCUUCGAGCUGUGAUCAAAACAACGCCUGCUCAAUAUCAUGCAAUCAAGGUUUCCAAUCAUCUGUAUCGCUUGCAGACUCCUACCAAUGUGAUGCAAAUACAAAUACAUGGACCCCUCCAUUACCCACUGUUGAAUGCAUAGGUGUUACACCGCCCACUGUUGGAGCUAGCCAGUCUGCAGGGUCAGUUACAUCAACGUACAUCGUAGGAGAAGCUGAUGGAUUUUGCUUCACAUGGGGCCAGUCUCAUUAUCGUACCUACGAUGGAUUCAUGUAUGAUUUCCAUGGUUCCUGCUCCUACCUCUUAACUGGUGACUGCACUGACCACAGCUUCAAAAUUCAUGUGCACAAUGACCGCGCAUGUGCACGCCAGUCGAUGUGUCAGCGCACCAUUACAAUCUUUGCCGGUGAAAUAGAAUUUGAGUUGAAGCAGACAGAUGACAUCUUUGUAGCAUCUAGGAACAAAGAGACCUGUACCCUUCCAACCACCCUGGAUAACCUCCAUAUCAAAGUAAUAUCACAAUAUCUUUACAUAAGCAGUCCGUUUUUUGGGUUCAACCUCCUGUGGAAUGGUGGGGAACAUUUAGCGGUUCAAGCCAUGAAUAAACUUGUUGAUAAAACUUGUGGAUUAUGUGGAGUUUACAAUGGUGACUACACAGAUGAUUUAUCGGAUCAAAAUGGUGAGGUUGUUGACCUUGUGUCGGCAUUUGCAGAGGGCUACAAAAGGAAUGACGAAGAAGAUAAUUGUCCAGAUGAAAACCAGGAUUCGUAUUGCCACUUAUAUCCAAGUAAUAGUGAGUAUGCUACCUCAGUUUGCGACACACUGAAAGGAGACGACUUUGCUGAAUGUCACGACGUAGAUUAUACACCGUUUUAUCUGGCGUGUUUAGAAGAUGUGUGUUACUGUAAUUCAACAGAAGACCACUGUGAAUGCCAAAGUUUCUCGGCGUAUGCAAAGGAAUGUGUUCGUAGUGGUGUGACAGGCCUUCAGUGGAGAACACCUGACAGAUGUCCCAUACAAUGCCCUGGUGAGCAAGUACACAUGGAGGGAGGCGACACGUGCCCUCAAACUUGCAAAGGUACGGUGUACCAGUGCAUCGAUGGAAUCAGUCUGGAUGGCUGUCAAUGCCCGUCAGGAAUGCUUCAGCAUGGAAACGUGUGUCAUAACCCUGAUAAUUGUCCAUGUCAAUCUGGUGGACGGGAAUAUUCCAUUGGGUCAGUUAUACCAGCCGCAGACGAGUGUAAUACUUGUACGUGUGAUGCAGGGAAAUGGUCGUGUACUUCAAACUUAUGUGGGGCAACCUGUUGGACUGGUAGCAAUGCUCACUAUCGGACAUUCGAUGGUCGUCAUUAUGACUUCAUGGGUGAAUGCACUUACGUAUUCAUGUCAAGCUGCAAUGGGACGUUGGCCGACUAUAGCAUUAACAUAGAAAAUUCACAUUGCUUAAAGGACUUUGAUGGAGGACCCUUAACGUGUACAAAAUCAGUUACCAUUACGAUUGGUGGUACAUUUGUGAAAUUGAAGACGGGACAUGAAAUCAUAGUGGACGGUGACGAUGUAGAUGAACUCGAUUUGCCAUUUGAAGCACCCUCUAUUUAUAUAGAACAAGUAUCCGACCAGUUUCAAAAGGUUACUUUGGAUAAUGGACUGAACGUUUUCUGGAAUGGUGACAGCCGAUUAUAUGUGACAGCACCAAAUUCCUUCUUCAACAAUACUUGCGGUUUGUGUGGUACCUUUGACGGUAACCAACAGAAUGAUUUCUGGACCCUGGAGAGGGAUGUUGAGAAGCUUCCUACAGCGUUUGGAAACAAAUGGUCACUGAAAGGUAGUUGUACAGCUGACACGCCGAUGUCGUUGACCCACCCGUGUGACGUGUAUGCUCAAAGGAGAGCCCAGGCUGAUGAUUUUUGUAAACAGUUGAAAGAAGAACCUUUUACAGAUUGCAGUAGUCAUGUGGAUGUGAAUAAUUACUACACAAACUGUAUGUUUGACCUGUGCAGUGGGAAUGCUGAUAUGCAGCAAGUGUUCUGUGAUGUAGCAGCCAUGUAUGCGAUGGAGUGCUCGAACAGAGGUCUUGUGGUCGUCUGGAGAGAUUCCAUAGACAGUUGUCCUGUGAGCUGUUCUGGUGAGAAAGGCUAUCAGGAGUGUGGAUCAUCAUGCAAAACAUCUUGUGCUGCUCUUGCUGGUAAUCGACCUUGCGAAGAGAACUGUGUCCCUGGAUGUAGUUGCCCCUACGGUAUGGUUGAAGAUUACGGUGGAAGCUGUAUCAGCGAAGAAGACUGCCCGUGCUUAUUUCAUGGUAAAUUCUAUAUAGCUGGUCAAGUCGUCGAACAAGGAUGCAAACCAUGUACAUGUGAUCGUGGACAUUGGUAUUGUGAAGAUAUUGAAUGUGCUCCUACAGAAUGUGGCGAUAAUAUGGAAUUUGUUUCUUGUAAAACAGAAUGUCCACAAACGUGCAGUAAUAUGCAUUCGCCACCCAGCUGUGCGACAGCCCAUUGUCAAUCUGGUUGCCAAUGUAUGGAAAACUAUGUAUGGAAUGGUGAUGAGUGCAUUUUACCAAAGGAUUGUCCAUGUCAUCAUGGUGGAAAAAGCUACCGCUCAAAGGAAACUAUCAAAGUCGAGUGCAAUCAAUGUGUGUGUGAUGGCAGUCAUUGGGUGUGUGAAGACAAGAUGUGUCCUGGUAUUUGCACUGGAUGGGGCGAAUCACAUCACAAGACAUUUGACGGAAAGUUGUUUGAUUACUUUGGCGAAUGCACGUAUAUCAUGUCACGAAGUACCCUCAACAAUCCCCACAUACAAUACACCAUAACGACGGAAAACGUCAUCUGCGGAUACGCUUCCAAAGUCACAUGUGCCAAGUCUAUUACAUUCUCUGUUGGCACUGGAAGCCAAAGGGAGACGAUCAAACUCGAACGGAACACUCCAGUUGAGGUACCUGUUGGAUCAGUCUUCAAAGUGUGGCGUGCUGGGUUGUAUAUCUUCGUCAAAUCUGCUGGAGGAGUGACACUACAAUGGGACAGGGGAACUAGAGUCUAUAUUAAAUUGGAAACGCAGCAUAGGGGACUUGUGGAAGGAAUAUGCGGCAAUUUCAAUGACAAUCAAGGUGACGACUUCACCACGCUAAAUCAAAUGGUAGUUGCCAGUGCCAUCGAAUUCAGUGAAAGCUGGAAGCUAGAGGACUACUGCAACGCCACCCACAACACGGACGAUACAUGCUCUUUCGCACCACAUCGCCGAGCAUGGGCAACUAGACAGUGCAGUGCCUUACGAUCUGAGGUAUUUGCCCCCUGCCAUGCUGAGGUGGACUACGAAAUGUAUUUUUCUCGGUGUGUGUUUGACACAUGUGCCUGUGAUAUGGGAGGUGAUUGCGAGUGUCUGUGUACCGCCAUUGCAGCUUAUGCCCAUGAGUGCAAUGCGAACGGUGUCCCAAUCCGGUGGCGAAGUCAAGACUUAUGUCACUAUCACCCCGCAUGCCAAGUAGGAUAACCCUUGUAAAUAAAGUCAAUGCAAGAUGGCCGCUGACUGAGCAAGCACACUAUCACGUGGUAUACAGAGCUCGCACAGCCGACGCUCAGGGAUCCACCUGGGACCACCUGAUCAGCGAAAUGGUCUGUCUGUCUGUCUGUGUGGAGGUCUACAACAUGACUUUGUGAGAGGAUUGUGAACAUUCUGUAAUGUGUACAGAUUUAAGGUUUAAUGUAAAACAAACAUUAACUGAUAUGUAUAAUGAAGGAAAGAUUUUGAUUUGCAUCCUAGAUUUGCAGAAUUCACACCUUAUCAUUAUUUGUACCUUUUAAAUUCAUCUGUUACACGAUCCAUGUUGUCAAAUUUUAAAGAAAAACGAAUCCUGUGCAAAUCGUCGUCUGUUACUGGAGUUUUAUGUCUGUUGGCUCCAAUGAAAAUGAAACCUAUGUUGAUUAUUACCUUCAACGACACAGUGAAUUUCGCACAUUACCAAAACAAAAAAAACAGCUGAAUAACAUAUACAUUAUAUAAGAAACAACUAACUGGUAAAAAUGCUGUUGAGUAAACAACAUCAAAUAUGCAUGCAUAUACGAGUAUUUUACGAAUUUAUAUUUAGAGUUUGACCUAAUGACGUUUUUAUAGCACUACAGUUAGAUAGUUAAUUAUUAUCAGCUAACUGAAACCAGUCUGCAUUAUGUUUUUAUCUACUUUAAAUUAUAUAUUCUAAUAUUUUAAGUGGUGCUCAUUUUAUUAAAUUCUCUCAAGAUAACACGGUAACACAAGAGAAUUGAUUUCCUGAAUGAAUAAUCAAUUUCCAACAAGCAUGGGGGUGUGAAACAGACUCUCAACUCUCUUUACAUUUCCUCGUUACAAUGCCGAUGGGUUUAAUUUUUUUAUAUACGUACAUGUAGAAGCUCAUCCGAAAGGGCAUGUAAAUUACUGCUGUCCCUGGUAGGAUGUCAGCCAUAUAUAUAUAUAUAUAUAUAUAUAUAUAUACCGGUAUAUAUAUAUAUAUAUAUAUAUAUAUAUAUAUAUAUAUAUAUAUAUAUAUAUAUAUAUAUAUAUAUAUAUAUAUAUAAAAUUUCAAAUUUGUUAUUCAGUAAUAUAAAUCAACAACUUUCAGUCUUGUGUGAUUACAUGAUUUUUCAUUAUUUAAAAAAAAAUUUAAACCUUUUCCAGAACAAAAAUUAAUAUGUGUGAAUUGGGUGAUUGUCCCAAAAAAUACUGAAAACCAAGCACUAACAUUGAAUAUUCCCAUAUUGAUAACAGUAAUUUUUUUGAGCUAUUCUACAUACAUGCUCUGUUUAAUACGUAUUCACAGGCCAGCUGAUAAAUUCAAAUCAUUGUCAAAACUAUGUGUUGUACACGGUCAAAGCUAAAGAGGGGUAGUCGUCGUUCCACAUCCUGUUUGAUAUGGGAGUCGUAGCGACAUACACAAUGCGUGUACAAUACAUUUUUUGUUUACAUGAAAUUCGAACAUGCGCUGCACGACGACUAUCGUCCUUUAAAGUUUUUUAUGGUGAUAAAAUACUGGUUACGUCUGUGUACAAUGUUUUAUUCCAUUUGAAUAAACUGUGUGAACUUAUUACAGUCGUGCGUGGAAUUUAGUAAAGAUAGAUCAGAAAACUGGAAAACCAUAAUAGAAUAGAUGAAUAAGUACAUGCACAGUUUUGAAAACAGUGUUCAAUUAAAUAGGUCACCUCAAUAUAGUUAUGUUUUAUGUGUUGUUACUGACAGGAUUUAAGACGAGAACAAUUGAACUUAAACAGUAAUUUUUUGUAGACUUGGUAGUUUGAAAAUAAUUUCAUUUGAUGCAGAAGCAUGUUUAUAGUGGAUGCCUUUGUGGAAACUAUCUGAAUUACCAAUGGGAAUAGAACACUGAUUAAAAACUAGUAUACCAUGCAGAUAUAUAUUACACUUAUAAUAUUAUAAACAAUAUUAUUAUUAGAAAUCACUCUAUUAGCAAUUCAAAUAAUUAUGUAGCAGAUAUAAUCAAAUGAUAGUAUUUUAUAUAAACACACUCAAAUUGACAAGUUAUGUUUUUGUUAAAUUGUCACUUAUAAAAUGCAUGGAAUAAAAAAGUUAUUUAUCAUUA